UCUGUCUGUUACUCAACAUCUCACUUCUCCAAUGUUCGUUCGUCUCCCAAACGAUACGACUUAAUUAACGGCCAAUGGAGUCAUGCUACUGAGUAACCAACACUGUUAGAGUCCUAAUUGAGUUUAAGAGUGGACACCAGGGUCAAGCGCCGUGUCAUUCGGCAAAUGUACACGAGUACCCUGAGUAAAUUUCAAGGAAAGGGUGGAGGAAAACUAUCCACAGGCACUGUUCAGGAUACGGAAGAUGAGACAAAGCCAUUACUGUCUGCUACCAAGCAGAAGCAGUUCUUAGGGGCGUGGCGUAACUACCGCAGUGGUGCAGCAGCUGAAAACAAUGGUGAUGACAGUGAAAAUGGGAAAAAGGAAAAUGGCACUGAAGACAAGGAAGCGAGUGCUGAACAUCCAAAAUGGAUGAUAUUACUGAAGUCUGUUGCAUACCUGACUGUUGGCGUGAUCAUGGUUACAGUAUUUUCUGACCCCAUGGUCAGUGCUCUCACAGCUCUUACUGAGAAAAACAAUGCAAAUUACAAUGGAAAAAGUGGUAUAUUCCGCAAAGGACAAUACAUUCCUAUUGGAGUAUUCUACAUCUCUUUUGUAAUCACUCCGCUGUGCUCUAAUGCAAGUGAGCUGGUGUCAUCACUAAUGUUUGCUGCUAAGAAGACCAAAAUCAACACUUCUUUAACAUUCUCCCAGUUAUACGGAGCAGUCACGAUGAAUAACACGCUAGGACUGGGAAUAUUUGCAGCUCUUGUGUACUUCCAAAACCUGGACUGGCAAUAUUCAGCUGAGGUGACAGUUAUCCUAUUUAUGGAGUUCACAAUUGGAAUAGCUGUAAUCAUCGCUGGUUUCGGUUACAAGCACACAUACAUUUUACUGAUGGGAGUAUUCAUUGGAUUCCUGUACUUUUUCUCCAUUUUUUUUAUCUGGAUGCUUGAGCACUUUGCACAUUGGAAAUAAGAGAAAGCUUGACUUUGAUAGUACAGUUCUCUGUAGUGUAGUGUAGAAUGCAUAUAUUGUCCACUAGCUCCACAUAUUGCUGUGGGUGCAUGGUGUACCUUAUUGCCAUGAAGAAGUAAGAUAUGUGAUAAAUGAUGCACAUGCAUCCGCUGUGAGUAUUCUGCGUCAUAGCACAGUGGUUUGAGGUAUCCAUUUGUGUUGUAUUGCAUUGUAGAUUUCGAACCCCUAGCAAAUGAGUUGCCAGCUCAGUUAGUAGAGCACUCACGUAAACUGCAUUGUGUCGUGGGUUCGAAUCCCACCAAGAACAGCUCUUUUUUCCUUCAAUUUUCUAAGAGCUGUACUGGGUGUUGUUGAUUUCUUUUCCCUUUGACCUCGUUGACAUGGAUGUGCAGACUUUUGGAGCCAGGCCUUUUUAAGGAAGAGAAGGGUUGGCUCCUCAUGUAACCAGUUCAUUAUUUACCUAAUGUAAAAUUUCCCCAUAUACAUAUUUCUCUGUGGUAUCUAUAUAAAUGCUUGUCCGUUCUGUGUUUUACAUGUUUCUUGUGUUCUGUGUUUUUCCUAUGUUCUCUCUAUUUCCUGUAUUUUCCUGUGUUUUUCUGUGUUUUACCGUGUUCUGUGUGUUUUGCUGCGUUACUUGUGUUUUCCCACGUUCUCUAAAGAAUUCCCCCCCCCCUGUUCUCUGUGUUCGUAGUAGUUUUCCGUGUUUUCUGUCUAUUCUUUCCUCUGUGUUUGCCUAGAGUUCUUUAUAUUUUCCUGUAUUUGUUGAUUGUGUUUGUUUCUUCCAGUGCUUCCUGUGUUUUGUAGUGCUCGAUGUGUUUCUGUGCUACUGUCCGUUUUGCCUUUGGUAAGCACGAAUAACACAUGGAAACAACAGGAAAUAUAGAGAACAUAAAAUACACCAAAACACUGAAAAGACAGGAAAAUACAGCGAACACGGGAAAACAUACAGAACACGGUAAAACACAGAAAACACAUGAGCACACAGAAAACAUACACAACACAAGAAACAUACAAAACAGAAAUGCACAUUAAGAUACUGGUUACAUGAGAUACCAACCAAGAGAAAGGGCAUGCUGAAGAACCUGCUAUUAUGUAAUUAGAACACACUAUACAGUGCAUUAUGCAGUUCUAGUGUUUAGUGAGGGAGAAUGAUGUGAUAACAAUCGAGGUUACAUAAAUGCACUCCUGGCUCAUGCAUUAUGUAACCUCGGUCAUUAUCACAUGGUUCUAAAGCAGAGAAGGUUGGAAUUUAUGAACAGCUCUGCAAUGUUUGCUGAGUCAGCAGCUUGUCUUCAAAUUAGCAGAAACAAAAGCUCUCAAGGAAACAAAGCUAGGGCGGUUAAAACUGCAGCACGUGCCCGAAUGGAAGGAGAAGAGGCAUUCUAUGAUACUCCUACUAACAUUGGGCACUGAGAACUCUACACAUGGUUCUUCCCCGGAUUUUCAUAACGGCUCCUCAAUUAUACUAGCAAAAUCAAUGGAAUCCACCAGAACUCAUUUUUUAUGGUGCUAUAACUGAUGUAGAUUAUCCGACGAAUAGCCUUCUUUGGAUGGAUAUUAUCCUUUCUCAACAACACGCAGUACAUGUUUUCACCUCCUACUUGUGUAUACACAGCAGGCUAGCAAACACAAGAUGUAGGGGAUGCAGAUGAAGGCAUAAGACACAUGAGAAUGCAAGAUGUAGGAAGCCUGACAGCAUACAAGCAAGCACUUACGCUUGUACGUGCUACAUAUCAAAAUGAUUUUGUAAAACUGACACAACUGGGCUCUAUUCUCGUGCCCAGACCUUCAUGUGCUCCUGGAAAGAGGGCCUUGGUAGCUAAGGAAGUGCUGAGUUAGCAUGUUUGGAAAUUGUCAUUCCCUUGGGUGCACAAGCAGGUGUGUAGAAAAGAUAGCAUGCAAACAUGAUUAUAAUCAAUGUUGUUAUGCACAACAAAGAAACUAUUUUUACUACCACACCCCUUUUCCUUUGCAGAGGGGUAGAAGGGGACCAGGACUAGAAUGGCUGCUAAAUCAAGAUAUUUCAGAAAAUCACUAUUAUGUUAUACUAUCUAUCCACUAUCUAUGCUUUCACAUAUUAUUCUACUGGGCUCGUUUUUCCGGUACACUUAGCAAGAUCAUGAAAUUAAGCGCAUGCUGAGGAGUUACUAAACAAACAUUGAAGUGAACUUAUUCUGCUCUGAAAACAUAUUCAGUUUCAGUUCUUAACUUCCAGUUUAGAAAAAUAAUCAAGGUUAAGUGGACCUUUCUGAUCAGUGCUAGAAGAGCAACAAAAGGUAGUAAACCUGUAAAAGUGGUCAGAUAGCCAUGCCACUGGUCUGG